AUGGCGUCCGGCGGCGAUGGAUCCGAGACCCUUUACGCCACCCUCGGGGUGUCCAGCACGGUCACGGCCGAGGAGGUCAGGAAGGUGUACAGGAAGCUCGUGCUGAAGUGCCAUCCCGACAAGGUGCGCGACGAGGCCGCCAAGCCCGAGGCGGAGAAGCGUUUCCAGGCCAUCGUGACCGCGUACGAGGUCCUCAGCGACACCGUCAAGCGCGCGGAGUACGACAAGCGCAUGCGAUUGAACGGCGCCGCGUCCGACGACGUGCUCGUGAACAUCACCCUCGCCGAGGCGCUCACCGGCGCGACCAAGCUCGCCAUGAUCCCGUACCGGAAGCGGUGCGCCUGGUGCGCCGGGGUGGGCAUGUCGUGCCCGCCGUGCACCGAGCACACGCACGGCAGGAAGGACGAGUCGUGCCUGACGUGCGGCGGCAACGGCUUCGGUAAGCCCGUCGCGUGCGCGCACUGCGGAGCCGCGGGGGCGACGGAUGAGUUUCACCAGGCUCGGGUCGUCGUGCCCCCGGGGGUGGAGGACGGCGCGAGGGUGAAGAUCAAGGACAGACGGGAGCACGCCAAGAUCAACGUCAUGGCGUCCAGGAUGUUCACCCGCCGGGGCGCGGACGUGUGUUCCACGCUGCGAAUCACGCACAAAGAGGCGAACGACGGCGGGUUCCACGAGGUUCAGACGCUGAGGGGCUCGGAGACGCUCUUUUGGGAAGCCGGCGCCAAAACCGGGGACGAACGCAGGCUGCAGGGUAAGGGGCUGCCCCGAAACGGCGUCGGAAGUGGCGGAGGGGACGGCGAUCGUGGGGACCACGUCGUGGUGGUGGAGGUGAAGAGGGAGACGACGCCCGAGCGGGAGGCGGCGGCUGCGGCUGCUGCGGCGGGUGGCGGUGCCGACGCCGGCGAGCCAUCCGCGAAGCGAGCCAGGACGACGGACGACGGUCCACCGGAGUCCACGACUGACCUGGAGAAGCUGCUGGCGGAGAAGAAGAGGCAGCUGAUGGCCAAACUGCAGGAGAAGAAGGGUCCGGUGGAGGUGGACUGA